GAGAUUGUUUGUUUUUUUGCGCGGCAACCAUAUGAUUAUAGUCAAAGUAAUGCAUAAUCUAACGUACAUUGCUCAGAAAGAUGAUAAUUUUUCCUACGAUAUCCGUCGUAUUUGUUUAUGAUGCAUUAAGUGGAAGUAAGUGUGCAGAAUAUAUAGUAACUCGGGAAGACAUGCAUAUGUUUUUUGAAUUCAGAUCUGAGAUUGGAUGAUCAUGGAUCUCUUCAUUUUGCUUUGUCGAAAAACUACAAGUGAUUUUUAAAGAUUAGCAGAACUUGGUUUCAGAAAAAGAAAUUUAAAAAUUUGCAAAUGGGAAAGAAUGACACAUUUAUGGAGCCAAAAGAAAAUGGACUUCCUAUUCCAACAGCAGCAGUUUUAUGCCUUGGUCUAAGUUUCUAUAUCAUUCUUAUUAUAGUGGGUUUAUUAGUAAGAAAAUGCCUUAUAGCACGUGGAAUGUGUACAAAUUGUUGUCCGAAAGUCACAGAGACUAACUGUUGUGAAAGAUGUAGCACUUAUGCUCAGCAGUGCAACUGGAAACUUCCAACAGUUGAUAACUGUUUAGAUAUCAUAUGUCCAACAAAACAAAGAGUGAACUGUAUUGAAUUUUUAGUGUGCGAUUGGGGAAAUCUUCAGUGUUGUAAUGGUGGUGGCACCUACACUUGUGGAAGUGGAGAAUACACAUGUGUUUGUGAAGCUCCGAGAUGUGAAAACAUAAACUGUUUAUGCUGUGAGAUAUCAUUUAGGAAUGUUUCUGCAAAUCAGUGAGAAUCCAACAAAAUCAGUAUUUAGAAUCAGUAUUUUGAUAUCAGUUAUACUGAAAGUUUUGUAUCUAUAUUUGAAAAGUAUGUCGAAGUUUCAUUUUCUAGGAUUUUUAAAAUAAUGUGAAGUGUUAUACUUGGAAAAUAAAUGUUCCGUUAUUUAUACUUAAAUAAAAGUUAGUGAUUUUAAAUAAUGAAAUAUAAUUUCCUACAUUUAUGAUGCAUAUAAAUUUUUAUAUUCUUUUACAAUUUAGUAGUGUGUAAUAUUCUUUAAUUUAUAAUUUUCGUACAGUUGGUAUGUCAAAAGAUUUUUUAUGCAUGUGAUUUAUUUGUAAUAAAAUAAUAUUUUCAAACGCUGAAAAUAUAUUACAAAUAUU